AUGGCAGCUUUAAAUGAAAAGAAGACCUGCAGCCAACGGAUGGAAAAUUUCAACCGUUUCGUAUGGAAUCCAGAUACAGGGCAGUUGAUGGGAAGGACCUUGAUUAAUUGGGUGUGGAUCAGUCUGUACUACGUUGCUUUCUACAUAGUGAUGACUGGGCUGUUUUCACUCGCCAUAUAUUCCUUAAUGAGGACAAUCAAUCCAUAUACACCGGACUAUCAAGAUCGAUUAAAAUCACCAGGGGUGACAUUACGUCCGGAUGUCUAUGGUGAAGGAGGAUUAGAAAUUUAUUAUAACGUCUCUGACAAAAACUCCUGGGAGAAAUAUGUAACAACUCUUCACAAAUUUCUUUCGGCAUAUAAUACAACUGCACAACAUGCCAACAUCAACUGCACAAGUGAGAAAUACUUCUUUCAACACUCAUUCCUUGGUCCAAACAAAACAAAAUACUCCUGCAAGUUCACAUCAGAUAUGCUUGAAAACUGCUCUGGCCUCGCAAAUUCCACUUUUGGAUUUCCAGAAGGAAAACCAUGUUUAAUUAUAAAAAUGAACAGAAUUAUCAAUUUUCUCCCUGGCAAUGGCACUGCACCAAGGGUGAGCUGUACAGCUCAACAUGAUGAUUUCAGCCCACUUGAACUACAAUAUUACCCAGUCAAUGGCACCUUUAACCUUCACUACUUCCCUUACUAUGGAAAGAAAGCACAGCCCACCUACAGCAAUCCUUUGGUAGCAGUGAAAUUUCUCAACAUUACAAGGAAUGCAGAAGUUACUGUUGUGUGCAGAGUCAUUGGAACUGGAAUUACCUCAGAUAACCCUCAUGAUCCAUAUGAAGGAAAAGUGGAAUUCAAAAUGAAAAUACAAGAUUAG